AUGGCGGCAUGGGAAACGAAAGAAUUUGGUGUGGAAGAUUCCUGGACUCAAAUAUGCUGUUUGAAGAAAUCCUGGAAUCAAGUCGUUGACAUCAGGCUUGUAACAGAAACUACUUGCUUUCUAGAAACUGACUCAAACUUGAAGCUUAGAUAUAACAGGACAGAGCAUUUUAAGAAAGAUUGCUAUGAAUAUUACUAUACAUACCAGAUUAAAAUACAAAGAAGGACGACCUUUCCAAAGUACCAAGGAAAGAUGACGGAGACAUUUGUCGGAGCAUUGGUACUGUCGAAGUGA